AUGGUUUCUCAUGUGUGUGUUUUCUUCUCUCCUCCUCCCGCUGCCUCUCUCCUCCUCCCCAAACACACACAUACACACACACACACAAAACGCUUCCCCUCUCCCUCCCCCUCCUCAAGGCCGAAAAGGCAAGCCAAACCUGCAGCCGACGAAGGCUUUUGGGAUUGUAGCGUGUGCACCUUCAGGAACAGCGCCGAAGCCUUCAAAUGCAGCAUCUGCGAUGUCAGGAAAGGCACCUCCACAAGAAAACCUAGAAUAAACUCUCAGUUGGUGGCACAGCAAGUUGCCCAGCAAUAUGCAACCCCACCACCGCCUAAGAAGGAGAAGAAGGAGAAAGUGGAAAAACAAGACAAAGAAAAACCUGACAAAGAGAAGGAAAUUAGUCCAAGUGUUACAAAGAAGAACACUAACAAGAAGACUAAACCAAAGUCAGAUAUUGUGAAAGACCCUCCCAGCGAAGCGAACAGUAUACAGUCUGGGAAUACUACAACAAAGACCAGCGACUCAAAUCACACUUCAAGACCCAGACUGAAAAAUGUGGACAGAAGUACCGCGCAGCAGCUGGCAGUCACAGUGGGAAAUGUCACAGUAAUUAUCACAGACUUUAAGGAAAAGACUCGCUCCUCUUCCACGUCGUCUUCUACAGUCACCUCCAGUGCAGGAUCAGAACAACAGAAUCAGAGCAGCUCGGGCUCUGAGAGCACAGACAAGGGCUCGUCCCGUUCCUCCACGCCAAAGGGGGACAUGUCGGCAGUCAACGACGAAUCUUUCUGAAAAUUGCACAUGGAGUUGUGGAAACUAUGAAUCAGGGUAUGAAAUUCAAACACUCCACCUGCCCAUGCUGUUCCGAUCCUGGAGAGCGAGCCUCUUCUGUGCUUGAACACACACUUUUUUUCUCGGACAUCGACCUCUUACUGAUGCAACCAGGAUAAUUUCUGCUUGCCGUGGGCAUCUGGCCACCAAGGAAUUUCUCACCCUAACGAUUACUCUUGACACUUUUAUGUAUUCCAUUGUUUUAUAUGAUUUUCCUAACAAUCAUUUAUAAUUGGAUGUGCUCCUGAAUCUACUUUUUUAUAAUAUCUGCUGUGCACAAUUUUCCAUGAACAUUACAACUUUUUGUUUUGGGGUAGGGAGCGGGUGGGGAGGGAAGGGGGCUUUAUUUAUUGCAUUCACAAACUCCAUCCUCUUUCAACAUAUCCUUUUUAAGUUCAGUUCUUCUUCCAGUUAUACUGUGUACUAUCAGUUUUGAUAUAAAUUAUAUAUAAAUAUAUAUAUAAAUAAAUAUAUAUAAAGGGUUAUUUGAAACCAAUACAUGGAAACGCUGGUGCUUGAAACACUGUGAAGUGAUUUAAAAAAAAAAAAUAAUAAUUGAACAGUUCAAGAUCUGGGACAGUCCCCUUCUGUGAAAGUACUGAAACUGAAAUGAAACUGGUCUUAGGUGAAAAGUGUUCCUGAAGGUUUGAACCUGGAUGGGACCCGUUCUCUCUGUUGUUCCUUCCCCGUUCCUUCCCCUAAGCAAUGGCUAAAAACGUACUGGACACACGGUUUUGAUUUUUUUAUAGCUUGGGAUCUGAAAUGAGAAGAGAUUGCUCCAGGUAGCUUGUGUUUCCACAAGGGUGACUCAGAUUGACAGCAGGUUCCUGCCCGGCUGGAGGGUGGGUGUUCACGACCAGACGGGUAUCAGCAGUGCCACGGAUUCCUGUAUUUUGGCAACCUGACCGUCGCUGUGUCAUGCAUAGCCAAUCCCACAGGCGUUUGUUUGGUCUUCUAUUUAAUGAAUUUUGUCCUCCUGCAUGGGUGGUCGAGGUAACUUUUAGAACUGGAGGGGUUUGCUUUGGGUUGGAGGGCAGCAGGGAGCCCUGGCGGGUCGAGGGAGCGAACUGGUGCUCGUCCCAGCCGGCAACGUGCGAGUCCUCGGCCCCCUUCCCCCUGUCCCCUCCGUGCUCUUGGGGUGGCUCUUCUCCUCAAAGUCCAUCCGUAUUCCGGGAGCAGCAUCUCAUCCAGGGGUGACGUUGAGCUUUUGUCAGCCUUUGGAUGCUUCUGGGUCUCCUGCUGUGGGAGCACAAGCAGGGAAAAGCUUUCGUGCUGGUGAGCGAGCGAGCGGCACGCGUGGCUCGUGCUCCUGACCAGCAUCUCCUUCAUUCUUGCUCUAAAGCUAUUCAGACUGUCAUUUCUUUUCCUGGCCUGUUAGUGUUGCUUUACAGUUUACCUUCCGUGCAUUAUCCUGCUAAAAAACACUAGGCUGAAGAGGUGAAACAAACCCUUUUUUUUGAAAAAGAACAAAAAACCCCAAACCUCUUUGGCUUUUCAUCUUUAUUUCGUGGCCCCAGGGUGCUUUGCAGUAAUUUUGGGCGCAGAGGCUGUGGCUUCAUUUGACAUCAAAUGCAUAACUUCUGGGCGUGACGAAAGAGGGCCACAUUUUGCCAACUUUGUGCCAGCUUGU